AUGAGCGCCUUUCUGCGUGAUAACACGAAGGAUCUUUCAAAGGUCUACCCUGAAAAUGCAGAAACUCGCAUUAGUGAACUUUCAGGCCUGUUUGCCAUAACAUCUGCUCAGCUGCCGAUGGCACCUGAUCUCGUCCCCGUCCCAUCCUAUAAAGGUUGUCCUCCAGAUGGCCCUCUCAUCCCUCGUCUAACAGACCUAGCGAACUCCAAGUACACCCUAGAUGUAGCAAAGGACCUUAACGCAAGGCUCAACUCCACCGUCAAAGGUGAGAUCGAAGCCGGUUGGAUCUUUGAGAAUGUCUCGUUCUCUUUAGCUCUUGUUUCUCCCUACGGUCCAUCGGGGUCAGACGAUAAUGGCGUGAUGGAGGUCAAUGGCGAUACGCAGUAUCUGAUCGGCUCGGUAUCAAAGGUGUUUUCGGAUUUGAUGCUGCUCAAAUCUGGGGUUGACCUGCAGGCGCCUGUUACGGAUUUCCUGCCGCAAUUGAGCUCUCCCAGGUCGAGGAUUCGUUGGGAGGGCAUCACGCUGGAAAUGCUGGCUGACCACUUGGCUGGUAUAGCUCCUGCUGCUUUCUUUGAGUUCUACUUCCCCAACUCCUUCCACGAAAGCCUUGGGUUGCCGCACCUCAAGGAUUCCGAGUAUCCCAAAUGCGGAGAUUUGCGGCCGAAUGCGGGCUGUACUAGAGAAGCUUCCUCACGAAAGAACAAGUUGUUCCAAUCAACUCCAGCCCUCUCUACUCCCAGCUCUCGUGCACCCUAUACACUUUCUGCCUCGGAGAAUACACCGGCAAGAACUAUUCCCAGAAUCUCGAGGAAACAAUCUUACGAACCCCUGAGCCUCGGCAACUCCGGCGUCUCUCCUGGAGAUAUAGAGAAAGCAGCCAUUCCUCCAGGCGUAUCUGGAUGGGGAAGCGACUACGGUUUCAAUGCUCCCGGCCUUUACUCUACCAUUAACGAUAUGAGCAUCAUCCUCAGCUCCGUCCUAAACCACGAGAUCCUCGACACUCCAGCUGAUAUCCGCAAAUGGCUCAAGCCCUUGUCCACAAUCAGCCCCCUUAACACCCUCGUUGGACGACCCUGGGAGAUCCUCCGCACAACAGACCUCCUCCCUGGCAAGCACGCCCACACUGUGGACAUCUGUGCCAAAUCUGGCGGCGCCAUGGGGUAUAUGGCUCAAAUUGCGGUUACUGACCAGUACGGCGUCGGUCUCGCAGUCCUAACCGCCGGCCCUGUAGAUGCAAUGGGUAUCCUCUACCGUGCCGUCUUGGGUACAUUCGUUCCCGCCAUCGACGAGGAGGCACGUUCCCAGGCACGCCAACUCGCAGGGACCUGGACGUCGAAGCCAGGUAACAGAACUCAUGGAGCAGAGCGUAUCAGACUUAUACUUGACCUGGAUGACGGCACGGGCUUCAGACUCGCCUCCUUCACCCGAGGAAACGCUUCAAUGAUCGAGGCUAUCCAAUCAAUAUGGACAGCGGAAUACCUAGCCCUGGGAUUUGGAAUUCUCCCCGAUGAAUUGCGCGUGUACCCUACAGACCUCGAAACCCCAGUCUCAGCCUCUGAAGCCCAAGCUCCCCUCGCAGAAACCCACCAUCACCAUCACCACCUCGGCGCUCGAAGCCGCGACGAUGAAGACGACAAUAAUGAAGAGGGAGACAUCCAACUCGUCCGCCAGGAAUGGCGCAUCAACCUCGACAUCGUUCCUCUCGGCAGAAGCCUCAUGUCUGACCUUCCCGGCCAGAAUACGGCGACACAGUAUUGUGGCUCGUGGCAGACGGUGGACUGGAUGGCAUAUGGCGGGAUCAGUCUUGACAAAAUUGUGUUUGUGGUUGAUAAGAGGAGUGGGGAUGUGCUUGGGGUUGGAGUUCCGGCGUUUGGAGGGGGGUUGUUGACGAUGAGCCAACUCAUACUAAUCUUCCUUUCUUUCCGGGUCUACUUCCUUUGUGUAGUUGAUGGGUAUACCGAAAAUACUCGGCCGAGGUACAAUUAG